UCAACACUGUAUCGCUACGAUUACUAUUACAUGCUAUUACACUUUUUAUCCUUUAUACAUAAGGUACAUAAUUGCAUAUAAUUAUGUAGACAAUACACAUCAACUUUUCACCAGCUAUGAUAAAUAUUCUAUUAAGAAUAUUCUAUUAAGAAGGUAACCUUAUUGCCAUGCCCUAGAUAUAAUUUUAGACUCCACGUUAGUAACUGAGCAUUUUUGAAAAGUUGACAUUAUCUCAAUAAUACUUAGCAAAACCUAUAAACUCAGUCACACUUAUCUUGCGAUCUCUCGAUCAACGAUAGAGUCUAAUUUAUUAUCAACAUAAAUUGACUGUGAUAAGUGGUGUGUAAGCGUAUUGACGCCUCUAAACGAAUGUUGGCUGAUACACUGGCAUUCUUAUAUUGUUAUUGUCGCUACGCAGUGCACUCACACACGACAUGGAGCGAGACCCUAAGAACAAAGUUGUUGUAGUGACAGGCGGAGCGGGAGGUAUAGGAUACGAGAUCGCUGACAAGUUUCUGAAGUACGGAGCUAAAACUGUGAUUAUAUUAGACCUUAACGAAACUCUUGGAGUUGAAGCUGAACAAAAACUGAAUGUUAUGCACGGUGAAGGUAAAGCUGUUUUUAUAAAGUGUGACGUCACAAAAGAUCUGGAUAAAGUAUCGCAAGAAAUAUUCCAGAAAUAUGACGUCAACGUACUUGUAAAUAAUGCAGGAGUAUUAAACGAGGCUAGUGUAAGACAGACGCUUGAAAUCAAUCUUAUAGCACUAAUUGACUGGAGCAUGAAGUUUUGGGAGCAUUGGAGAACUGACAAUGGUGGUCAUGGAGGGACGAUAUACAAUGUAUCCUCUAUUUAUGGAUAUGAAAACAAUCCAUUUAUUGUUUUCUACAAAGCGUCAAAGAGUGCAGUGUUGAAUUUCACGAGAUCGUUAGGGCACCCUACUAAUUAUGAGACAAGUGGUGUGAGAGUGAUUGCGAUCUGUCCAGGUUUUACUGACACUGUGAUACUUACUGGUGAAGUAUGGGAUAUCCACAAUGAACGUUUCCAAAAAGUGAUGAAGGAAGAAGUUGUGAUUCAGAAGCCUGAGAGAGUUGGUGAGGCUGCUGUGGAAAUUUUCAAGGUUGCAAAUACUGCAGAAACGUGGGUCGCUAAAAACAAUGAACCAAUUAAAUUAGUACAAUUUACAUAUGAAGAAGUGGCCCCUUGAGUACAGUAGUCAUACAUUCCAUUUUUGCGUACAUACUUAUCUUCAAGUAAUGAUCUAAAUAUAUUAUUUUUGUGAUAUAUUUUCAUAGUUGUGGAGUUAGUUAUUUUACGGAACAGCAGCCUCCAAAAUAGACACUGAAAUUUCUUUUUUUUCUUUAUUUAUGUAUAUUUCAUAUACAAUAGUAAAAUAAACGAUUG